GAGGCGAAUUCCGCAAACACAACAACUACGGUGUUGAGCUCAACUUCAAGACGUGAAAAGAAGGGUUCUAGCAGGAAAUCUCAAGCAAGCCAAGAUGAUCGACUUUGGACCGGGCCAUUGUCCGGGAAUUAUCCUAAUUUGCUUUGGAGAGCGGUUGACAUGGAGGAUUUGAGGGCUCAUCCUCUGUUUCAAGAGCUACCAGAUCCCUCAGAAGUUGCUGUGAAUGGUCCGCAAGACUUUCAUAGGUUCCGACAAGAUUCAUUACAAUGGGCUCUACUCCACAACGGACGACUGACGACCAGUCGGAUGGCGUCCAUUCUGGGCUUUUACGAGCCGUGGGCGUCUAAGUUGUUGAACAUUCCACGAUCUUUGUCUGGUCAUCAUAAGGUCCUCGAUGCCUGGCAACACUUAAUCGCAACGCCAUGCACCCUUCAGGAUCUUGUCAAGUCGACAUAUGUGAUGCAGCAGGAAAGAAUGGAAGAGCAGCCAGCCAAGUCCUUCCAAUCCAAAGGAGCUGCACGCCGUCACCGGGGAAAGCAAAGGUCCAAGCUACAGACGGAAACGGCCAGAUCAUUUUCGCCAAGCAGCGCCGAUGACGUUUGGACAUCGUCAUCGACAGCCACUUUUCCCUAUGAUUAUGCUCCGCUUCCUAGAAAUGUGCAGCGAUCAACAUUCCACGUUCAGACAGUCGGUCAGGCAAGAAUGAUAUGGGGGAGCACACAAGAAGCUACUUCGAUUCUGGCAGCUGUGAACUUCUUUGGGAGCCUUGGAGGUGUGGUACACGAGAUAGGAUUGUGUCCGCUGGAAACUCAGCCUUUGGAUAACGUGGCAUGCCUGAAAUCCCGUCAAGUCUCCUGGGGUCAGACGAUUCCUUUGAUGGGAGCGUCUCCCGAUGCAAUUGUAACUUUUCCCGAUGGCACCAUCGAGGCAAUCGAGGUGAAAAAUCACGCUCCGUUCCGAACAGGAGGGAAACCAGGGGCUUUCUCCAUCUCCGACGUUGAGCCGUAUCUUGAGAUCGCCCCAUGGCACAUUCCGCAGCUGCAGCUAGAGAUGUUGUGCCUGGGUCCUCAAUGCCGGGCAGUGAAUUUCAUGUCAUGUACGGCCUUGAAAGGUUUACUGUUCUGA